UAAAAUAUGACGUGACUAUUUAAUUAUUGAAGUAUUUUUCUGCUUUAUAUAAUAAUUAUAAUGGUCGAGAAAUGCUACUUCUGUACAUUAUUGCUGCAUUUAUAUCCCAUAUUUUGGGAUUUCCAAGAAGAAUUCCUAUUGGAGGUAUAUUCGACAGCGAUGAAAUGAUUCAAAGAGCGUUUGAGAUAUCAAUCAAAGCAGUGAAUAAAAAUAUCACUGUCUCCGAAGACGCUAUGGGCGUAUUAUUAACACCCAGAACCGAGAAAAUCAACAAGAAUACUUUCCACGUAGCAAAGAUAGCGUGCAAAUUGAUAAACAGCGGAGUAGCCGGAAUAUUCGGUCCCCAGAAUAAACUAACAGCGAACCACGUUCGAAGUAUGUGCGAUACCUUGGACAUACCUUAUAUUACCGCCAGAUGGGAUUCCGAAUCAAAACGCAGCAACGUGAUAAAUUUGUAUCCACACCCUGACAUGCUUUCCAUGGUUUUUCAGGAUUUAAUAAAAGAAUACAAAUGGGAAGAAUAUGCAAUACUUUACGACAACACAGAUGGCCUGAUUCGCAUGAGUCGUCUGCUAAAAUUGCCAAACGUGAAUACCAUUUCCGCCAUGGUGUUCCAUUUGGGAAGUGGACCAAAUUUUAGGCAAGCUAUAAAAGAAGUAAAAGAAUCCGAUUACAGAAAUAUCAUAAUCGAUUGUUCGUAUGACAUUCUUGCGUCCGUUCUUGAUCAAGCACUGCAAGUCGGGAUACUAUCAGAAAAAUAUAAAGUGAUCGUUACUUCUUUGGAUUUGCAGACUCUGGAUUUAGAACCAUAUCAAUAUUCCGGAGUGAAUAUAACGGGCGUUCGUUUAAUCAACCCGGAAAAUUCAAUUGUUCAACGUACUCUCCAAUCCCUUAAUUGGAAUUUAACGAGCGCUUCUCACUUAAAAGUGGAAGCGGCGCUCGCUUACGAUGCGGUCCAACUUUUUGCGAGCGGUUAUGCGCGAUUACGCAACAGCGUUAACGGAAGUAUUAAGAAAUUAUUUUGCAAUCGUACGGAAAUUUGGGGACAUGGUUUCAGCUUGAGCAAUUAUAUGCGAAGCGAGCAAAUAAACGGAUUGAGCGGAAUGAUAAAAUUCGAUACCGCCGGAUUCCGGAGUGAAUUCCAACUCGACAUUGUAAAUCUGAAAAAUCAAGGAUUGCGAAAGAUCGGGAGAUGGGAAACGAAUGUUGGUAUUCAAUGGAAGCGGGGAUAUAGAAUUCCUAAAGUGGACGAUGAGAAGACUUUACAUGACAAACAUUUCCUUGUCCUGAUAUCGUUAACAGACCCAUAUGGGAUGCUUAAAGAAUCAGCCAAUAUGACAAUUGGAAACGAUCGAUACGAAGGCUUUGCGAUCGAUAUAAUUCACGAAAUGAGCAAGAUAUUGGCAUUUAAUUACACCUUCGAAGUUCAGGCCGACAACAUGUAUGGAUCAUUUAAUGAAAAAACCGGCCAGUGGAACGGCAUGUUAGGAAGAAUAAUCGCUGGCACAGCGGAUUUAGCGAUUACAGAUCUGACGAUCACGGCGGAAAGGCUGAAGGCGGUAGAUUUUACGAAUCCAUUCAUGAAUUUAGGUAUAAGCAUUCUCUAUAGAAAACCAACGACUGCUCCUCCGAACUUACUAUCCUUCCUGGGACCGUUCUCGAAAGACGUGUGGGUAUAUUUGAUCGUAGCUUACAUCGUCGUAUCAAUAUUAUCAUUCGUAAUCGGGAAGCUCUGUCCUGUCGAAUGGACAAAUCCAUAUCCUUGCAUCAAAGAGCCCAAAGUUUUGGAAACGCCUUUCACUUUUAUGGACACUCCGUUCUUGAUAAUCGGAGCCUUACUCAAGUCUCCCACCGGAUUUGCACCUGCAGGAAUAUCAACAAGAACUUUAGCUAUUGCGUGGUGGUUUUUCACUUUGAUCAUUACAUCGACGUAUACCGCCAAUCUGGCGGCCGCCUUAUCCACGAAAUCCGUUGUGUGGCCUUUUAAGACUGCGGAAGAAUUGGCUUAUCAGCAAAAAAUUAAGUACGGCGCGAAAAAAGGCGGAUCGACGCUCUCGUUCUUUAAAGACUCCUCGCAUAAAUCGUACAAAAUUAUGUUUAAUUACAUGCAGAAGCAUGCUGACGAGGUGCUUAUGGAAAAGAACGAACAGGGCGUAUGGAAGGUGCAGCAAGAGAAUUAUGCAUAUUUCAUGGAGUCCUCGUCAAUUGAAUAUAUUAAGCAGAGAAAGUGUAAUGUAACGGGGAUCGGUGGGCUUUUAGAUAGCAAAAGCUACGGGAUAGCGAUGAAAAAAGCUGCACCUUAUCGCUCAGACCUCAGCAGAGCUAUAUUAAAACUGCAGGAAAACGGCAUGAUCAAUGAGCUGUAUGAGAAAUGGUGGAAACAGAAGCGAGGCGGCGAUGAAUGUAAAGAAAAGGUAGAAGUCAAAGUGGACGCCUUAAAUUUUGAAGAUGUCAAGGGAGUAUUUUUAAUUAUGACAAGCGGCAUCAUGUUGUCAUGGCUUUUGGCGGGAUGGUCAUUUCUUUGGAACAUUCGAAGUCUUGCAAUUGAAUAUAACGUAUCUUACAAAAAUCAGAUGAUAGAAGAAUUAAAAUUUUUAGCUAAGUGCAGCAACAAGAAGAUCAUCAAAAGAAGAAAGACAUCCCUUGAGACGAUUGGAAGCAAUAGCACCGAUUCUUAAUAAAGGUACAUGUUACAUCUGUAGCAAGUCUUAUAUGUAAAAAGAGAUUAAAUUCAAAGAUUAAAG